GCCCGCCUGGCCGCCUGCGCUCGGGAGGCGGCGGGCGCAGCCAUGUACCAGGCGGGCGAGCACUACGCGGAGCCGGCGCCCCGGGAGCCCCCGCCGGCGCCCAGGCCGGGCCGGGCGCAGAAGUGCGUGAAGUGCCGGGAAGGCCUGCCGGUGGUGGUGAUCCGCGCGGGCGACGCCUUCUGCCGGGACUGCUUCAAGGCCCUCUACGUGCACAAGUUCAGAGCCAUGCUGGGGAAGAAUCGGCUCAUCUUUCCUGGUGAAAAGGUGCUCUUGGCAUGGUCUGGGGGUCCUUCGUCCAGCUCCAUGGUCUGGCAGGUACUUGAGGGCCUGAGUCAGGAUUCUGCCAAAAGACUACGUUUUGUGCCAGGGGUUGUCUAUGUUGACGAGGGAGCAGCCUGUGGUCAGAGCCCAGAGGACAGAGCAAAGACUCUGGCUGAGGUGAAGUCAGUCCUACAGAACAUCGGCUUUCCGUGGCACACAGUUGCUCUGGAAGAGGUAUUUGGCCUGCCACCAGCAGUGCUGCAGGGCUCUGCCCAGGAGCCAGUGGGGACGGAGGAGGCCUACAAGUCUGCUGUGGACAGCUUCCUCCAGCAGCAGCAUGUGCUGGGUGGGGAACAGACACACCAGCCCCACACCCAGGACUCCCCGGGGCCCUGCAGCCUGGGCAGGUCCCCCACCGCCACCCAGACUGCGGCCCUCUGCAGACUGUUCGACUCUGUGAGGACACUCACAGCCAAGGAGGAGCUUCUUCAGACCCUGCGGACCCACCUCAUCCUGCACGUGGCCCGAGUCCAUGGCUACUCCAAGGUGAUGACCGGGGAUAGCUGCACUCGCUUGGCCAUUAAGCUCAUGACCAAUCUGGCCCUGGGGAGAGGGGCCUUCCUGGCUUGGGACACGGGCUUCUCGGACGAGCGGCAUGGGGAUGUGGUGGUGGUGCGCCCCAUGCGGGACCACACGCUGAAGGAGGUUGCCUUCUACAACCGCCUGUUUGCUGUCCCCUCUGUCUUCACACCAGCCAUUGACACUAAGGCCCCCGAAAAGGCCAGCAUCCACCGGCUGAUGGAGGCCUUCAUCCUGAGGCUGCAGACCCAGUUCCCCUCCACCAUCAGCACUGUGUACAGGACAAGUGAGAAGCUGGUGAAGGCCCCCCGGGAGGGCUGUGCUGCCGGCCCCGUAGGGCCCCGCUGUCUCCUGUGCUUGUGCGCGCUGGACGUCGACACUGAUGACAGUGCCACAGCUUUUGGAGCUCAGACCUCGCGUCUCUCCCAGACACUGCUGUCCACCCCGCCAGCUGAGGCUGGGACAGCCACAGGGCCUGGCUGCGUUGCAGGGGAGGGCCAGGCCUGCUGCAGGGUAGCCUGCAAGAAGGGUGUCCAGGCCCAGGUCAUGGAGCAGCUGUGCUAUGGCUGCCGGGUGAACAUGAAGGACCUGCCUUCUCUGGACCCUCUGCCCCCCUACAUCCUGGCCGAGGCCCAGCUCCGCAGCCAGAGGGAUUGGGUCAUGCCGGAGGUCCAGGAGUACCUGAUCGAGGACAGUGACUCUGAGGCAGAAGAUGCGCUCGCCCAGCCCCCAGGAGCAAGGCUGACCACACAGGAGCAGGGAGGCGAGAAUGCAGGGACUGGCCUGUGACUGUCCACGUGUAUAAAUAAAAAUGUUUUUAAUUAGAAAACUCUACAGUACGCAUUGGGAAGGGAGGGCCAGGCCCCCAGGCUCGGUGUGGCCAGUCCUGGGCCCACAGGGGCAACAGGUGGGGACAUAGCAUCCUUCUGACAGCAGCAUCAGGGCUCAGGUGGGCCAGGGAGGACAUGUCACAGCUCAUGGCCCUGACUGGGGACAGCUGUGCCCCUGGCCCAAGGAGCACCACCAGCCCUGGUGGCCCUGCUGCCCGUGGGGCGGUGCCUUCAUUCCCGGUGCCAGGAGCCAGGCUCCUACUCCUUCUCGCGCGUCCACUUGAUCAUGGUCUCUGGGGAGCGGUACAGGAAGAUGAGCUUGGCGUACAGCUCCUCCUCCAGCUCCAGUUCACGGGUCUCGCGCACCAGGAAGAUGUCUUGGCACAGCUUGAGGAUGCGGUCCACAAAGGGCAGCUCCUCGAACAUGAUGGAGUGGGAGGCCUCGCUGAAGAAGCCCCUCACGAACUUGCCGAUGACGAGCACGAUGGACACGUACAGCCCCACGAUCCUGCAGGGUGACCAGUGAGGCUGGGCUGCUGCCAGAGCCCCCCACCAGCCUUGUGGGGUGUCCCCAGGCCCCUCACUCACCCGUAGCCGGCCAGGAAGCCGAGGCUGGGGGGGCUGACCUUGUCGCUGAAGAUCACCAUGGGCAGCAGGUUGCAGUCCAUGUGGCAGUCCUGCAGCUCCACCACCCACCACUCCAGGAAGCCGGCAGCCCCCGUCCCCACCUGCUCCCUCCGCAGCUGGAUGCGCACACCGAGGUCCCUGGAGGCGGACAAGCAUGAACCCCUGCAGGGAGCACCCACCCAGUCCCCGGGGCACAGCACCCACCUCUGGAAGUUCCAAGUAAAGCGCAGGGUGAUGUCGGCA